AAUCCAGUGUGUAGCGUCCUAUAGAAUGCGCGGAUCCGCUUCCAGGGAAUCCCUUGUCAUUCGCCUUCCGGUUCUCCUCAAAGGAGCUACGAAUUCUUUUCACUCUUUUUAUCAUCACCAGUGGAUUAGAAUUACUCUAAAAAAUAGUAUAUGCAGCUCCAAGAUACAAAAAGAUGUUCCUGAACAGGCCACAGAGCGCAACAACCAGGCAAGAAACUGAGAUGAUCAAUAAGGCCCAGCGGGCCCUGUAUAACACCACGGAUUCCACAGAGAAACUUCGUUUGCUCUGUCUGGCCAGGGGUGCCAAUGGCAUCCUAGGGUUGGUUAAUUUAUGUAGAGCUUUUCGUCGUAUGGACGAUGACGGAAACAAGAAGUUGAACCUCGAUGAAUUCACCAGAGGCCUUCAAGAAAGUGGUCUGGAACUUCCAGAGGAGGAUAUUCAAAACAUGUUCACGAAAUUCGACACAGACAACGAUGGGAACAUCAGCGUUGAUGAAUUCAUUGCUGGCAUAAGACCGCCGAUGUCUCAAAAUCGCAGAAACGUGGUGGAUCAAGCCUUUAAAAAACUGGAUAAAACCGGCGAUGGAGUAAUCACGAUCGAAGAUUUGAAAGGAGUUUACAAUGUCAAGUGCCAUCCCCGUUAUAUCAGCGGUGAAGAAAGCGAGGACAGUAUUCUGAAUAAGUUUCUGGCGAACUUCGAGCAAAAUAAUACCAGAGAUGGCACUGUCACUGAAGAAGAAUUUAUGAACUAUUACAGCGCCAUCAGUGCAAGCAUCGAUCAUGAUGCCUAUUUCGAUUUAAUGAUGCGAAAUGCAUAUAAACUCUGAAUCUUUACACAGUCCUGCAACAAGGUGUUCCUUCAAUUCUAUUUAUAUUGGUUUUAAAUUUACGAUUGUCGUGCUUAAUGUCGACCUUUAAAGUAUUCGCGCAACUGGUAGUGGCUAAUGAAAAAUUCAUACGCGAACCCCUAGACAAUUUGCGGAAUACAGCAAACUGACUUAUGUAAUAAUUCAUGGUUACUAGCUUCGCCUAUCGGCCGAUUUUCACCCAAUGUAAUUAAUUGAUGACUAAGGUGUUUCAUGAAGAAGCCAGAAAAAUAAUCGGUUGAUCUUCACAUCUAUAACACUACAGUGUUUCUCAAUCUGAUCUAAAAAUGUUUAACGUGAUUCUUAAAUAUUGUAUAUAAAUUUAAUCAAUGUUAAUUAAUGUUCAUAAUAAACAGAGAAGGUAUUUACACGUUUAAACAUUUAUACAUACGUGACUAUUUUUCUGACUAGAAUGUUUGGUCCAGUUUGAGAACCACUGCACCAAGUUGGCUAUUUAUAUAUUUGUAUACACGACCAUCUGUGAAAUGUGUGCAUAGCUUGUAAGGACAGAAGCUUGGUUACAGGGUCCAAUGCAACGAAACGAGCACAUAUACUCAUACUGUAAAAUAGUAUGCCAUUUCAUGCAUUCUUUGAGUAAUACAAUUUCACCUAUUCAAGCCUUAGAAAGCAAUUUCAAGCAUUAUAAUUCUUAAUCAGUAAUCUUUUUCAAUUUCACUCCUCCAAUUACAUAUAUUUUAAAGUAUAAGAGAGUGUGACGAAAAUUGGAUACUUAAUAUUUAGUUGGGAAUCCUUAUAGGAAUACUUCAGCCAUGCGUCAGAAUUUUCUUCGAUUUCUCAAACGAUUUUAAUCUCCAUUUAGUAUCAAUCCCUCUCAAAGUACUUCAAUUAGCAAGAUAUCUUUACCCUAGACAAAAUAUUUUCCAGUUUGAUAUUUGAUAGAUGUUCGAUAAAUUAUCAGUUUUUGAUAAUACCAAUCUUUAACUCAUUUCUUUACUGUGGAUUAAAUUAUCAACUAUGUUAUUGUGACAAUUGUAAUGUUUAUUUAAUAAAUCUAUAAUAAAUUCUA